UUUAGCUCAUUUUCAAUUUUCAAUUUCCCAAUUUCCUUCACAUUUUCACACAGACACACACGCACGCUAAUAUCAUUGAAUCCAAAAUCAAAAUAAGGGUUACGUUUUUGGGUUUUGGAAUUUUCAUUCACAAACAACCCUAAAUCAAACCCAUCAAAAUCAAAUUCAUCAAGUUUCAAUCUUUUCUAUCUAGAUUUAUUCUAUUCAACGUUUCAAUCAAAAGGGUGUAUUUAGAUUUUCCAAAUUUUGCAAAAUUUGAUGGCAAAUCUCUAUGUCAAAGCUGUGCCACCUGCGGAUCUGAACAGGAACACAGAAUGGUUUACGUAUCCUGGUGUUUGGACAACAUAUAUUCUCAUCCUCUUCUUUUCAUGGAUCAUGGUUUUGUCUGUCUUUGGUUGUUCUCCUGGGAUUGCUUGGACUAUUGUUAAUCUCGCUCAUUUUCUUGUAACAUAUCACUUUUUCCACUGGAAGAAAGGAACUCCAUUUGCAGAUGAUCAGGGGAUCUACAAUAGAUUGACAUGGUGGGAGCAGGUCGACAAUGGAAAGCAGCUCACUCGUAACAGGAAGUUUUUGACAGUUGUUCCUUUGGUUCUGUACUUGAUAGCCUCACACACAACUGACUAUGAGCAUCCAAUGCUGUUCUUCAACACGGUUGCCGUGAUUGUGCUAGUUGUUGCGAAGUUCCCCAACAUGCACAAGGUUAGGAUAUUCGGAAUCAAUGCUGAUAAGUGAUAAAGUGUUUGUUUGUCCAUGAAACUAUGGUUGUUAGUAGCUCAUGAGCCUCUCUUCUUUCUUCCUUCUCUUGUUCUGGAAAAAAGAUAGCAACCUUUGUAUAGAAAAGGCAGAACUGUGGAAGGAAACUCAAAAUCAUGUUUUGUUGCCAAUUAUUUUUUUUUCUUUUCUUUUCUUCUAAGCUUCUUCUUCUAAGGUGUUAAACAAACAAAUAAAUAUCUGAGUUAUUAUUUCUGUACAGUAGAGAAAUACGUGUACCAGAGAUUAUAACGGUGCUUUCAAAUUUAGUAGUAACUAGUAAGUUCCUUUCUUUCAUUAA